UGAUCGCCUGAGCUCCACCAAAUCCUUCAGAAAGUCCUACACACCGAUCGCCUCGGCCAUUGUCUUCUCUUCUUGACUCUCUCCAAGUACAAACAGAGCUGGCCAACCCCUAAUUCUUCCACCAUGGCCGACGACGACCGCCGGGCCAAACGUUCCCGUUUUGACCAGACGGAGCCGGAGCCACGACGACCAUCGCGUUUUGACCGUCGUUCUCGAUCGCCUUCGUCGCGACAGUCGGAAGUCACUCGAACUCGCAGUCCCCUCAGUCGUGAACCGCGCAGUCCGAGCACAGAUGCCGGAAAGAAGUCUGGGUCUGUAGACCCAGCAGCCGCAGCAGCUGCCGCGGCCGCCAAGAUCAAUGCCCAGCUGCAAGCGAAGAAAGGCAUUCAGCAUGUCGAUGUUCCUCCAAUCCGUUCGACUUCUAGUCCCGCGCCGAAGCCCGACGAGUCCGCUGGCGAUGCUGCGAAGUUGAAUGCGGAGAUCUAUGUUGCGGAUGGAGACUACAUCAAAGAUAUCGAAAUCAAUGAUUUGCGCAAUCGUUACACACUGACAAAAGGCUCUACUCAGAAGAUGAUCAAAGAAGAAACUGGCGCCGAUGUCACUACCCGAGGAAACUAUUACCCGGAUAAGAGCAUGGCCAGUGCAGCGAACCCUCCCUUAUAUCUCCACGUCACGAGUACCAACAAGGAUGGCCUUGAAAAAGCCGUGGCUCUCAUCGACGACCUUAUGCAGAAGGAACUUCCUAACCUGGUCGAUGAGCGUCGAUUCCGUCGUCGGGAGCCCGAGCCCGUGGAGCGCGAUGAAUAUGGCCGUCGUAAAUGGCCCGAGGAACGGAUUCCUAUCGACCUCGACCCCAUUCCCGGUUUCAAUCUACGAGCUCAAGUUGUCGGACAGGGCGGUGCCUAUGUGAAACACAUCCAGCAGAAGACCAGGUGCAAGGUCCAGAUUAAGGGGCGUGGCUCUGGAUUCAUGGAACCUAGUACCGGCAGAGAAAGCGACGAGCCUAUGUAUCUCCAUGUAGCUGGCCCCGAUCCAAACGAGGUCCAGAACGCAAAAGAACUCUGCGAGGACUUGUUGGGCAAUGUUCGAGAACAGUACCAGCGCUUCAAGGAAAACCCACCCCAGCACAAUUAUGGCGGCUACGGCCAGCGUGGUGACCGUUACAACAAUAACAGAGACAACAGCUAUGGUGGUGGUUAUGGUGGAUAUUCCAAUCACAACCAGGGCCACCAUCAUCAGCAGUCGACCCCGGCGUCGGCAAGCCCGUCCGGACAGACGCCAGGAGCUGCAGGUGCAAGUGCUAGUCCAACUGACUACAGCGCGCAGUAUGCCCAGUACUACGGCUCUGACCCAUACGCAGCCUAUGGAGGUUACCAGAACUAUGUUGCCUACUAUCAAUAUUACCAGCAAGCCGCUGCCGCACAGCAGCAACAGCAGCAGCAAUCACAAAGCCCUGCCCCCCCGCCGCCUCCUGCCAACGAAGCUCCUCCCCCUCCCCCUCCUGGAUCUGGAUCUCCGCCUCCGCCGCCGCCUGGUGGCAGCUACAGUGCUGUUCCCCCGCCACCGGGACUUUGAUUCUCAAAUGCUUGCUGUCAACUCGACAGGUUUGGUAAAAGUUCUUUAGUGAAUUGCAAAGUAAAUUGCGGUAUCACAGAGGAAUUUCCGUCUUGAUUUGAUUACGCGCGAGAUAGUUGCUGUCAACUCUCAUUCUCCACUUGAUGCCCCUUUUUGAUAUUUUUGAAAUUUGAUUGCGGGCUGACAGCCACCUGUAGAACAAAUUGGAACGCCAUGGCUAUUCAGGUUUUUGCCUUUGUCGAGAAGAAAUA